UUGCGGCCAGGCUGAGGUCCCGAGCCCGAGGAGCGAGGGGAGGUGUCGGAGGAGGGCACGGGCUGAGCCCGCCCCGGCCUCGGGGAAGGGGCGGAAGACACUGGAGAAGGCCUGAAAGGCGUAAAAGGCGCUGCCGUCCGUGCUGGCCGUCCGGUGGUUGGUUUUUGCUACCUUGAAACAGGAAGGCCAGUGGGCAGUACCAUCACCUGUGACACUGGCUGGGUCCUCAGCGUGCUCUGCCUGGGAGUCUGGAAAGAUGACAAAUGCACAGCCUGAGAGUAAAAAGAGGGAACUUCCUCCAUGGAUGAUAGCCCGAGUAUCUGAGAGGAAAUUAGUGCCAAUAUGGAGGCCAGCCAAGAGGAUAAAAACCACAGUGCAGUCAGCAGAUGCAUCAUCGAGUCUUCCCUCUGACCGAACUGUGUACUUCAUGAAUGAAGCUGAAUUGGUGGAUAUUGCCCUGGGUGUCUUGGUUGAGUGCCGUAAACAGGAAAAGCCUUUGGAACACACAUUGCUGCUGGGAACUGAUAAGGCCCAAACCACACAGCCUGAAUCCCCCUGGGCUUCUGAGAACAGUAGCAAUGGAGAAGAGGUGGUGAAUGAUGCCCUUCGGACAAGUCCCUCAGGCAAGCAGGAGUAUUCAGCCUCUGGCCACAAGAACUCAGAAGAUGAGGAUGCAUUAAAAUAUGUGAGGGAAAUAUUUUUCAGUUGAGAAGAUAGAUGAAAAUUCAGAGAAUGUUUUGCUUUGAGUAUGUUGGGAUACUUCCGUGUUUGUAGUUGCCAGGUUUCACCAGCAGGGAAUGCAGUGCUGCACCCUUGGAGUGAAACCUCUGCGUCCCAGAGUGUUUUCCCAGGGUAGUGAAAUCAGGGCAGUCCGAACUGGUAUUGAAUUGAUGGUGUAGUAGUGAGCAGUGAAGUGUGUGGCCAGGAAAGUCAUCACAGUUAUUAUGGUGUAGCUUUACUUCAGUGUUAAGCAUCUCAGGUCUGUGGUUCUGGAAACUCCAUGGUCAGCUUAUCCAGAGGGUAAUCACAUUGUGGGAAAAACUGACUUGCACCAAAGGCAUGCAAGACUAAUUGAUGUGUACCAGAGAGGCAAUUGAUAAUGGACAACGAAGAAGGAGACAGAUAUACAUGCUGGACCAUCCAUAUUUUAUUAUUGGCCUCAGAGCUUAUGGCUUGGCCUUAACUAUAAAAGCAGCUACUUUAGGUGGGAUGAGAGGAGAGGAAGGGGCCAGGUUAGAUGGCUUAUGGCAAUGUGGCACAGUGAGGUGACUUUGUGGAAAAAGGAGGCAAAGACCUACCUAUCCCUACCCUGUGGGGGAACCUCCUCAUUAUCAUCAGGGAAAAUUUGAAAAAUGGGGAGGAUAUCCCUGCCUGUGUAAGCCUCCCUCCUAGUAUUUUUAACCAAAGUCUUUUAUAUGCACUGGGAAAUAAAAACAAUUGUGACUCAUUUUAUUGUGGUGAUCUGGAACUGAACUAGCAAUAUCUUUAGGGUAUGCCUGUAUACAGGAUUUCCUCUUACAUUAGGUAGAAAUUAAUGAGUCUUAUUAAAAAUUUUAGAUUAAGAAAAAAUGUUCUGUAUCCUGCUGUGUAUAUUCCUUAGAAAAUAAUUGCCCCUAUAAGCAUAUGCUAUUCCCAACUAGACUGGCAGAUUAACACCUCUUGAUGGAGUCCACCUUUCCCUACAUAAGGCUAGCAGAUGUCUUAACAACAUGUGUAGAGAAAUUGAUUAUUCAGGCUAGAAGGAAAUAUAUAUAACCUAUCAGAGCUAGUCUCUGCAUCUACUUCUGGGAAACCAAAAAAUUCAUAUGACUUGCUUUAUUGUGAUAUUUGCUUUAUUGUGGUGGUCUUAAACCAAACUUGCAAUAUCUCCAAGUCAUAUACACAAAAUGAGAUAUACAGAAUUAUAUCUAUCUGAUCCCCUAAAUAUUGAUGGUCUGGGAGGCACAUCUUGUAGUUCCAAGAUGCUUUCCUGACCACCAUCUCUUAAAAUAGAAGGGUACCCUAAGCUUAGGCCUAUAGGCUCUUUCCUGCCAAAUGCUAGUUUCACUCCACCACAAAUCGUGAACAGCAAGCAAAGAC